CCAUUACCGGCAGUUGUUGUUCCUCCGUUUGUAUCGUACCAUCAUCUUUCCAUAUUUAAAAUUGACAAUUGCCUGAUACGAGAGGGAUCUAUGCAAAUCCAGUGGCCUGGGUGCUCUCAGAGUGAACCGGGCGUUCGAUUCGAGCGUUUGUCGUCGUGCUCGAUCGCGAGUUAUUCUUAGUAAGGCCAAGUGUACCACAUUUUUUGCAUGAAUUUGUCGGGCCGUAUAUGCUGUGAAAAAAGUUAGUUUGCGCUUCUGAAGGUUUUUAGUGAGUAUCACAUACCGGUCCAUAUGAUGGCUUUAUCCAGUAAAAUAGUGGCAUUGGUAGCUUUGAACCUACUGGUGACUCUGGUGAAAGGUGCGACGGUAAUACUCAUUGAGGAAGAAAUUGAAAUCCCGCGAGCAUCUUUGAAUGAAGAACCGGUCAUCGGAAUCCUGGCCCAGGAAAUGUCCUAUUCUCUGGCAGCAAAGUAUGAGGAGGACUACGAAAGCUACAUUGCGGCAUCCUACGUCAAGUUCGUUGAAGGUGCCGGAGCACGUGUGGUACCAAUCUGGAUCAACAAAUCUCGCGAAUACUACGAAAAUAUACUGCCGAAUCUGAACGGCGUCCUACUGCCCGGUGGCGCCACCUGGUUCAACCAAUCUAACGGAUACGCCGAUGCCGGUCGCCAUAUAUACGAUGUGGCGGUAGAGCUCAACGUCCAGGGAGGAUACUUCCCACUGUGGGGUACUUGUCUUGGCUUUGAGCUGCUCACUUACUUGGCGGCAAACGGAGAAGAGCAUCGUGAACACUGCAGUUCCAACAACCAGGCGCUGCCGUUGGAUUUCAAGCCGGACUUCAGGAAGAGCCGCAUGUUUGCCGAUACUCCGGAUGAAAUAAUUGAGAUUCUGGCUUCCGAGGAUGUCACUGCUAACUUUCAUCAGUAUUGCAUAACCGAACAGAAUUUGACUGCUUUGGGAUUGGAUGAAGAGUGGAGAGUUAUGUCCACCAAUAUGGAUUGGAAUGGUCUGGAGUUCAUUUCGACAAUUGAGCAUAAAAUUUUACCAUUCUAUGGUAUUCAGUUCCAUCCGGAGAAGAACAUCUACGAGUGGGUACGGAACAAAAACAUCUCCCACACACCGAAUGCUAUCAAGGUGUCGCAAUACUUCGCGGAUUUUUUCGUGAACGAAGCCCGAAAAAGUGAGCAGCGCUUUCAGGACGCGGAUGACAUAGAUCGGCACGUGAUCUACAACUAUCCAGUGUCGUUCACCGGAUUGAAGAAAUCCUCAUUCGAGCAGUGCUAUUUAUUUGAAGGUAAUGUAGACUACUUGGCACCGGCUGAUGCGUCCAAAGAUCAGGGGAGCGAUGCCAGUGCGCUAGUUCAACGUUACGUAGAGCGAAGCAAGAAAAAAUGCAUCAAAAAUAAACGUCGCAAUUCUUGCAAGUAACGAGAUGCAUCGUCCACAACAAAGAGCGUAGAAAUACAGAUCUCCGAUAGAUACCGCUAAGUGGACAACCGUGAGGGAAAAUUUAAAAAGUCUGCUUUAUCUGUUCCCCAGGAGACGAGACACUCUAAUCUUUAUAUUUGAAGCCGAAUAAAACACAUGACAAUGUAAGAGAUGA